GAAAGUCCGGAGACUCAGAAACGCCACAGGAGAGGUACCCAGAGAGCUUCAAUACAUGACUUCCCUCACUUCACUGGAUCUAUCCUACCUUCGAUUUGCGGAUUUCCCCUUUUGGGUCACUCGACUCACCAACCUUCAGUAUCUGAAUCUGGAGGCAGACAAUCCACACCGGCAGGGGCGAUUGCUGAAUGAAGACCUCUCUCAGCUCACAGCACUCACUGUCCUCUCCCUUUUUGGAAACAACCUGGAAGGCUACCUCCCCAAUAGCUGGACCAAUCUGGCCCAUCUGCAAGUGCUUGACUUGGGAGUCAACAAAUUUGAAGGCACAAUUCCGGCAACAUUCUUGUCCCUAACAGGCCUGACUUCAAUAGACCUUUCUUAUAAUCAACUGUCUGGUACCAUCCCCGCAUUUUCCACCAGCAUCAAGUCAAUAUUCCUCCAAUCCAAUGCCUUCAGUGGGCCCAUCCCACCACACCUACCGUCACUGCCCAACCUCUCUUAUCU